AUGGGGGAUUUGUACAAGCAUAACCAAUUGCAAAAGAAUGGAGGAACAAGGCUUAUCCAAGUGCACAGCACGUGCCUAGAGAUUUCCCACUUUUCAACCUCUUCACCAGCUCACCAUUUUCACAGUAACUAUUCUUUCAGACGCCAUGAUGAGGGUGUUCGGAAUGUGAGGAUUUCGGUUUGGUGGGACUUUGAAAACUGCCAUUUGCCGGCCGGCGUCAACGUGUUCAAGGUAGCACAUGCGAUCACUGCUGCUAUCAGGACCAAUGGGAUAAAGGGCCCCAUUCAGAUCACGGCUUUCGGCGACAUGUUGCAGUUGUCAAGGGCUAACCAGGAGGCCUUGUCCUCUACUGGGGUCAAUCUUACUCAUGUUCCUCACGGUGGAAAGAACAGUGCUGAUAGGUCUCUUCUUGUUGAUCUUAUGUAUUGGGUUUCUCAGAAUCCCCCACCAGCACAUCUUUUCUUAAUUUCUGGUGACAGGGAUUUUGCUACCAUUUUACACCGGUUAAGAAUGAACAAUUACAAUAUAUUGCUAGCAAGUCCUGAAAAUGCUCCUGGUGUCCUCUGCAGUGCUGCAAGUAUCAUGUGGCCAUGGCAUGCUUUGCUUACAGGUGAAAACCUCACUGGAAAGUAUUUUAACCAACCACCUGAUGGUCCCUAUGGUUCUUGGUAUGGCCAUUACAAGGUACCUCUUGAAGACCCAUACUCAGUGGUUGAGCCUCCAGCACAGUCACAAACUGAGAAGUUGUCUGAACCUGGUUCAGAUUCUAAGCCUCGUCCAAUUCCUACUGCAGUCAUGAAGCAAAUUCGUCAGAUAUUGAAGUCACACCCUAAAGGAAUCUCCAUUACAGACCUUCGCAUGGAGCUUGGGAAAUGUAAGUUGAGUAUAGAUAGAAACUUCUAUGGGUAUAAAAAGUUUUCGAGCUUUCUUUUAUCAAUUCCACAUAUUUUAAAUCUCCAACCGUUAGGUGGUGGAAAAUUUCUUGUACGUGAUGGAAGUGAAAAAUCAUCUGAACCAUGUCAGUCCAAUCUAGGUAUGUCCACAGAAUCUAUUGCUGAUAAUGGAGGCCAGGAUCUGAGUUUAGCCUCACAGUUAGAUUGUGAGGACAAGUCUAUUAAUGUAAGUGCAAAUAGAAAGUUGUCAUCACCUGCAUCCCAUGAAUCAAAUGUGGAAGACCCUAAUAGAGAAUUGCAACAACCCUUUUCACCUAAAUCGGAUGGCAAGUCAAUAUUGCCUCCUUCCCUUGAGAAUGUGAAGUCUUCGGCAAAACCACAACUUUCUGCACUUGAUGAGAAGUCACCAUCCACUCCUUGCACUGAGAAUGUGAAGACUUCAGUGCCCAUUGAUGGAAAGGUUGUCGAAUUGGCUAAAGAACAAGAUAAUGAGCUUCAUUUUCCCCCAGCAGUUGCACAAGGUUCUUCAUCUGAGGUGGGUUAUUUUAAGUGGAUUUGGAGACAAUGGUUUGGCUAUAAAGGUAAUGUUUCAGGGACUAGAAGUCAUGACGGUCAAGAAGAUCAUUACACUUCCGGUAAUGUCACUGAGAAGGAAGGCCAUGACACUCCAGUGAAACAGUGUACUUCUGUUGGUAACUCUGGACAAAGAAAAGAUAAGGAAAAGUUAGUGGGAUCAACGAGUCAGGUCGUUGAUCAAGCACCUCACGUUUCAUCUUCUUCAUCCUACAAUGAAUCAGAUAAGGACAACGAAACUGCGACAAGUUAUGAAGUAUAUGCUCAUAAAUCUAAAACAAGUCAAGGGUUUUUUGAUCAGAUAGUAAACUGGUGUAAAUUCUGGAGAAGUAGCCCGUGCUCUGAUAAAUUGAGUGAUCAAUCCUGUGACAGACCGAACCUGAUGAACACUCACUCUCAAGAGCACAUGCUCUUUUCGACGGAUUCAUUUUGGCAUGACUUGGAAUCUUUCAUGGGCACACCUAAAGGAUCAGUUCUUGUUUCCGAAUCAAGGACCAGGGAACAGAUGGCACUGAAUCUUCAGAAGGAAGGACCUUUGUUUCUUAGAUCUCUCCGCAAAGGCGAUCUCGUUCACUUGGUAGAUUUGUUAAUAUCAGAAAAAAAAUGGGUGGAAGAAAGCCCCUCCCCGACGUCACCAUUCAAACUUACCUAUCACAAUGGAAAGAGUUCUCUAGAUCAUUCUAAUGAUACAAAUAGUGGAGUUUCACUACCUGCCAUUAAAAAGAAACCCUCCAACAGGUGUAGAAUUGAGAUAAUAGCCGAUUGCCAAAAGCUUGUAAAUGAGAUAUUGAAAGAGUACCCAGAAGGAUAUAACAUGGCCUUAUUCAGAAAGUUGUUUCUUGAUAGGUAUGGCUACCACCUUGAUUUGCAUAUGCUUGGUUAUCAAAAGUUGGCAUCCCUGUUACAAAUGAUGCCGGGGGUUAAACUAGAGUCCUCUUACAUCAUACCUGCUUGUAAGACUCCAAAAAUGUCUGAUAUGGACAGUUAUGUCCGUAAUAUCCGAAAACAGACUGUCAGUCAUACAGUGGCUAAUUCAGAUAGUGAAUUAUCUGAUGCGUCAACCAAGGAUGAUGUUAGCGACUCACCAUGGGAAGAGCUGGGCCCUGUCGCCAACACAUCGGAAAAAAAUGAAGUGGAAGUAGCAUCAAGGAGGAAGGCAAUAGGAUCAACAUGUUUUGAUUAUGAACCGUCCCUUUCAGAUGGCUUGUCAGAUUCAGAAGGAGAGACUUCGCCCUUAACUGAAUUAGAAGGAGAAGGUGCGGCCAGAGUGAACAAGGAAGAUAGCUCCCUUUUGCAGAUCCUUGACUCGUGGUACAGCGGUAAGGAUGGCGGAAGUAGCAAGGACAGGUCAGAGAAUUUUGAGGGGUUGGUUGAUUUCACAAAUGUUUCUAAGCUAUCUGUUUCAUCUGGAGUUGGCCCCAUGAGUGAUUCUGGUGAUAACAAGGACAAGCUAUUUGAUGGCAUAGUAGGUAGCUUGAAGAAAUCAAGUGAGCCAAGGAUGAAGAGCUAG